AUGUCUUCAUCGUGUGCCAUCAACACAUGCAAACGUAAAUCACGAGCAUUAUGUCAUUGUUGCAGCAAGAAUCUUUGUCUUGAUCAUUUGAAAGAACAUAAUGAUUUGAUCCAUUCUCAAUUAAAUCCUCUUGUUGAUGAUAUUAAUACUCUACAUAACCAGAUAUCGGGAUUAAAUGUAGAUGAAAUUAUUGAUAAAGGUCGUCAAAAAUUGGAUAAAUGGCGUCAUGAUUGUUAUAAUAUAAUCGAUCGUUUAUAUGAAGAAAAAUGUCAAGAACUUCAACAACAUUGUAUUCAACAAACUGGACAAAAACGAAAAAAAAUUCAUCAAUUGAAAUUAAAAACAAAUGAACUUAUUCAAGAACAAGAAGCUACGCAUGACGAUAUUUUUUCAUUGAAAGCAACUAUUAAUGAUAUCAAACGUGAUGUUAACCAAUUCGAAGAGAAUGGCAUUAUAGUUGAUGUUCAUCCUUUAAUGAUUAAUCAAAAUUUAGUUUAUAUUGAAGAAUUCACAUCAAAUGAACUUGAUAUAUUAAAUCUUUCGUCUCCUUAUCGAUCAAUCAAUUGUCCCAAUGAUGAUUCGCCUGUACUAGCUAGCAACAAUCAAUUUUUACUAUUAGAUCAAUAUCCAAAUUUAUGUCUAUUUAAUAAAGAAUUGACUCUUUUAAAACAAAUUCCAUGGGAAUAUGGUCACAUUCAUGAUAUGUGUUGGUCAUCGACUAUAAAUAGUUUUAUUAUCAUAACAAGCAAAAAUGAAGUUUUUCUAAUUGACGAAAAUCUAACAUCAAUUAAAUGCAUUCAAACAAUCGAGAAGAAACCAUGGCUGUCUUGUACAUGCUCAGAUACAUCUCUAUUUCUAGCCACGAAUGAUUAUACUUCUGAUAUUUUUCAAUUCAAUCUUUUAUCGUCGUUUCAUUUCAUCAAACAAUGGAAAUAUCCUCAAACUUGUAAUUACGAUGAACUUAUUCAUAAUAUUGCUUAUAACAAUGGAACACUUGCUUUGAUAAUAUCACAGAAAUACAAUAAACAAAAGCGUAUAGAACUUCGAUCUUCAUCAACACUCGAAAAACUCUGGUUACUACCAUUUGAUACAACGUCUAAUAUUGGGCAACAGGUAUAUCGUGUUUGUUCACUCAAAUAUGACGAAUGGCUUGUAAUCGAUCAUAGUAGUUCACAUCUUUUACAUGUUAGUAAAGAUGGAAAAGUAAAGACAAAGCGUUCAUACGAACCAAAAGUUCAUAAUGCUGUUUUAUUUGGUUCAAACAUAUUGACUAUUAGAACUGCAAAUUGUGUCAAUUAUUAUAGAGUAUAA